AUGCUUGCCCCCGAGGGAGAGGACUCUCUGCAAUCCGCUGCACCCGCGAGCGCCUUUAACGACUUCUCCCUCUCGAAUAACCACCCAUUCAAUAGCCAGGAAGAGCCGCUUUUCCCAGCCUCUCAGGGGUCGUGGUUCAGGACGCUUGAAGCCAAGGCUCUCGCCGAAGACUUCCUGCAUAUCGAUCAUGAGCUGGUGCCCUGCUCGCCGUUGAUGGAACUGAAGGGUCUCUCCUUCCUUUCUGCCACGGCGAAGGAGGAAUUUAAGAAGAAACUUCGGCUAGACGUUCUGCUGCCUUCCGACAACCUGCAGCUCUUGCUCUUCCAAGCGCGCAGUUUGCUCUCUGCCGGCAAAAUUCGUCUCUCCUUUCCCCCGUCAUACGGCCCCGCAAUAGUGGACGCCUUGCUCAAGGAUCCCCUCGGAGUGGAUCUCGCGAGGCACUCACUCUUCUACUUCGAGCUUGGAGAGGAACUGUGCAAGCUCUUGCCAGAGCAUGAAUGGCCAUAUCCUAAUCUGUUGAGCAUACUACGAUCGGCGCGAAGGCAGCGGCAUCUCCGUUUAGCCACGCAAAGCGGGGAUUUCAACAGAAAACUCAUCAGGCGGUUGACUUUCGAGGAACGCGACACUGUAAAUGCAAUACAAAACAGCAAACCCUUCAUGGGCCCCUUUGCUUGA